CCGGAUCGCCUUGAGCCUGUUUAGCGCAAUUUUUUUAACGUCACUUCCUGUCCCGAAGCAUAGGCUGCUGUCUAUGGAGCGCCACGUAUGCGGCAGGAAAGUCAAUCGCACUUAGGAGAGGGAAAGUUUUGCUGUUUGCGUGAGAGAGUUAUACCGAGCGCAAACCGCCGUCUAAAUGGUUUUAUUUAACGUCGUAAUAUUUUUGAAAGGGGUUUUAGGAAAGUAGGCAGUCCAGUUUGAAAUAGUGCCUUCAUAGACGUGUAAAGAAAGAAGUUUGGGAGAAGAUGAGUCGGGCAGACGACGGGCAAGACGAAGUGCCUCUGUACCUUCAAGAUAAACCUCCUGAAGAUACUAAUAAGGACCAACCCGGCAUGUUCUCCAGGGUGGCAGGCGGCCUCUUCAGCGUCACCAAGGGUGCUGUGGGGGCCACGGUGGGCGGGGUCACCUGGAUCGGGGGCAAGAGUCUGGGUAUAACCAAGACGGCUGUCACCUCCGUGGUUGCAGUGCCAGCCGCAGGGGUAGGGCUGGUGAAGGGGGGUGUGUGUGCAGUGGCGGGUGGGGUUUCUGCUGUGGGCUCUAUGGUCGUGAGCAAGGUUCCACUGGGGGGCGCCAAGAAAAAGGACAAGUCCGACUGAGCCAUUCAGCCUGGGAGGGGUGGGGUGGGGGGACUUCUCCUGGCUGGUUGCUCUUUGUGAGUUUUAAUGCACAGCAGUGAGUGGACGGCUAUUGGAAAACAGUGUCGCCGGAGGCAGUCUGCCUCUCUGGACCUCCAUUUCUCCUCUGGGUCAGCUGCCUCGUAUCUCACUGACUUCUGGUUUGUGUUUUGUCACCAGUUGGGGCUCCAGUCAGAGCACCAGCAUGAUGCUGCAAGGGAAGUUCAGUACGGACAGAUUUCCAGCUAGCAUUUCAAGCGAUUUAUAUGUGGGAGUUAUUUUUUAGUGGCUGGAAAGGAGGAAAGGGCUGUUUUUGGUGAGAUAGGAAUUAUCACCCUUACACUUAGUGUGUCUUCCAGUUGUCUGUUGGCUGUAAUGCUGAUGGACAUGUGAUUGGUUGGCACUGAGCAUGAUUUGUUGCUGGGGCGGGGCAGAGGGGAACGAAGAAUUCGGGACUCGACAAUCUAAUGCCAAUCCCUGAAGACUGAUGUCUCCAUGGACCCAGUCAAUGUGUUUAUGCCUUACCAGUUUAGGACAAAACUGAUUACCCUGCAAGACCAAGAAAUGUAUAAGAUUAAACAGCAUUUCUAUCUUGUUCUGUUAAAUGUGUUGUGAUGAAAGUGAAUGACAGAUCCGCCCAUUGCCUUGAGUGCCAAACUGUGAUAAACUGAACAGCCGAAAUGAACCUAUUGUAUUUUUCAACACUGUUAUGAAAUUCAGGUGUAAGGUUGUGACUUGACACUAUAUACGAGUGUUUGCGUGCUCUCACGUGUGGAAUUUAGAUUUUAUUUGAGGUUUUCCCCACUUCGUAUUUACUCAUGUCGCAACAUUGAUUUUAUUCAUGAAUUUGAUGCAUAUGAUCCAUGAGGAAUCGUUCUCUGGGGGGAUCCAUCACAAGAGGACGAUGUCUUGAAUAAUAUUCCGUUUUCCUCGGUGUCUCAGUGCUUCUCAUCUCAGCAUGACUUCUUUCCUCAUACAGCAAAGAGAUUGUUAAAGACUUGGGGGUUUGUUUUGCUCUCCGAGAGGAUUUAACCUCUGGCUCAUUGUCCCCCAAUGAGAAAUUAUUAGAUGCAAACAAAAUGAUCUCUCCUGCUGAUAUUUUUAUUCCUUUGUUUCUUGUUUUGUGUGCCAUUGUUGCUGCCAUGUUAAAAUACAGUAUUCUAUGUUUAAUAUCAAGUAAAUGUUUCAUAGUGUGACUGUUAUAUCCUAUUAGUUUUUUCCCCCUAUUGGUAUAAUAAACAUUUCUUGUCAUUGAUUCCAGUAAAGGUCUGCUUGAUAAUCAUGUGA